CUCAGUGCGGGUCCCUCCUCGUUUGGGAGCAGAAGUGGCUGCGGGUAGUCUCCGGAGCAGCAGCAGCAGCAGCAGCGUCGGCGGUUGCCGGAGCCGGAACCACACCCACGUCACUGCCCCUGUCCUCUUUUGCCCUCUCGUCGUCCGGUCGGAGACCGCAUUCUCAGAGAGCGGCUUGCCCACGCCCGGAGCAUCCUCCCUUGCUGAGCGAGCGCUGACGGACCCGGCGGCAUGAUGCGGCUGCGAGGCUCGGCGAUGCUGCGGAACCUGCUCCUGCGGCCGCCCGCCGCUACCUGCGCGGUUCUGAGGCGGGCGCAGCCCCUCGCCACCCUGUGCCGGCGCUCCCGGGGCGGGGGACGAACGGGCCCUGCGGCCGCCGCGCGGCUCCACCCGUGGUGGGGCGGGGGCGGCCGGCCAGCGGGGCCCCUCGCGAGGGGCCUGUCCAGCUCCCCUUCGGAGAUCCUGCAGGAGCUGGGCAAAGGGGGCACGCAGCAGCAGCAGCAGCCCGGGGCGUCGCCGCCCGCGGCCCCGCCGGCGCCCAGCCCCAAGGACAGCCCGGGGGAAACGGACGGGUUCGGCAACAGCGAGGGCAAGGAGCUGGUGGCUUCCGGCGAAAAUAAAAUAAAACAGGGUCUGUUACCUAGCUUGGAAGAUUUGCUGUUCUAUACAAUUGCCGAAGGACAAGAGAAAAUACCUGUUCAUAAAUUUAUUACAGCACUCAAAUCUACAGGAUUGCGAACGUCUGAUCCCAGGUUGAAAGAGUGUAUGGAUAUGUUAAGAUUAACUCUUCAAACAACAUCAGAUGGUGUCAUGCUAGACAAAGAUCUUUUUAAAAAAUGUGUUCAAAGCAACAUUGUUUUGCUGACACAAGCCUUUAGAAGAAAGUUUGUCAUUCCUGACUUUAUGUCUUUUACAUCACAUAUCGAUGAGUUAUAUGAAAGUGCUAAAAAGCAGUCUGGAGGAAAGGUUGCAGAUUAUAUUCCUCAACUAGCCAAGUUCAGUCCUGAUUUGUGGGGUGUGUCUGUUUGUACAGUAGAUGGACAGAGGCAUUCUAUUGGAGAUACCAAAGUUCCAUUUUGUCUUCAGUCCUGUGUAAAACCUUUGAAAUAUGCCAUUGCUGUUAAUGACCUUGGAACAGAGUAUGUGCAUCGAUAUGUUGGGAAAGAGCCAAGUGGAUUAAGAUUCAACAAACUUUUUUUAAAUGAAGAUGAUAAACCACACAAUCCUAUGGUAAAUGCUGGAGCAAUUGUUGUAACUUCAUUAAUAAAGCAAGGAGUGAAUAAUGCUGAAAAAUUUGACUAUGUAAUGCAGUUUUUGAAUAAGAUGGCUGGUAAUGAAUAUGUUGGAUUCAGUAAUGCAACGUUUCAGUCUGAAAGAGAAAGUGGAGAUCGAAAUUUUGCAAUAGGAUAUUACUUAAAAGAAAAAAAGUGUUUUCCAGAAGGCACAGACAUGGUUGGUAUAUUAGACUUCUAUUUCCAGCUAUGCUCCAUUGAAGUAACUUGUGAAUCAGCUAGUGUGAUGGCAGCAACACUGGCUAAUGGUGGCUUCUGCCCAAUUACUGGUGAAAGAGUACUGAGCCCUGAAGCAGUUCGAAAUACACUCAGUUUGAUGCAUUCAUGUGGCAUGUAUGAUUUCUCAGGGCAGUUUGCUUUCCAUGUUGGUCUUCCUGCAAAAUCUGGAGUUGCUGGAGGCAUUCUUUUAGUUGUCCCCAAUGUCAUGGGCAUGAUGUGCUGGUCUCCUCCUCUGGACAAGAUGGGCAACAGUGUUAAGGGAAUUCACUUCUGUCAUGAUCUUGUUUCUCUGUGUAAUUUCCAUAACUAUGAUAAUUUGAGACACUUUGCAAAAAAACUUGAUCCUCGAAGAGAAGGUGGUGAUCAAAGGGUAAAGUCAGUGAUAAACCUUUUAUUUGCUGCAUAUACUGGAGAUGUAUCUGCACUUCGAAGAUUUGCUCUGUCAGCCAUGGACAUGGAACAGAGAGACUAUGAUUCUAGGACAGCACUCCAUGUAGCUGCUGCAGAGGGUCAUGUUGAAGUUGUUAAAUUUUUGCUAGAAGCCUGCAAAGUAAAUCCUUUCCCCAAGGACAGGUGGAAUAACACACCCAUGGAUGAAGCACUGCACUUUGGGCACCAUGAUGUAUUUAAAAUCCUCCAGGAGUACCAAGUCCAGUACACACCUCAAGGAGAUUCCGACAAUGGAAAGGAAAAUCAAACCGUCCAUAAAAAUCUUGAUGGAUUGUUAUAAUGGUAUUAAGCCCAAGAUUUAAAUCACUUACCUAUUUAAUUGUGGAAAAUGAUUAUGAAGAACGUGUGUAUUUCUAUCUGGUAGUGAUGUAUAUUUUACAACAUUUGUCAUUUCAGUGUUACUGGAGUUAUCUUCUUUGUGCGCACAGGACAAAUCUGAUCUCUUUGGGAAAAAAUAGAAAUAAAACAAACUCCCUCCAUAAUGUGAGCAAUAUUUACCUCGUGCAUUGUAUAAUUUGAUGUAAAAGAAAUAGUUACCAAUGCUAGCUUAACUGUGUGGUCUUGAUGAUUUACUUCUGUGUAUUUUGUGAAUUUUCAACUUAUAGUAAUGAUCUGCUGAUAUGCAUUUAUAAAUUAAACUCUGUUGUACAGUCUGUCCAAGUGGGUCAAGGCUGCCAUUAGAAGCAAAAUAGUGUGAUUUUCAUGACUUCAAAUAUAGAGUUAGUGUGAGUGUUUGAACAAUAUGCACUUAGGGGUAUGUGUUUAAAAUGUCUCCCAUUAUCCUAGUUUCAUGAUGUGACUCUUAAAAAUCCUAAUAGUUAACAACUGUUAGUAGGAUAGACCAGAUCUGAUUAGACUUUAUCAGGGAAUCUGUUUAAGAUAUGUUCAGUGACCAAAACAUAUGUGUGAAUGUAGUUACAAUACUUUUGAAAAAAUUUCCUUUUUCUAUAUCCCCUUAGUCCAGCCUCUCUUCUCAGAUAUUUAGCUCUUUGCCUCUUUCCUCUAGCUGGGAAAGAGGGUGCUGGCAUACUAUGCAGUUUUGAUGUUUUCCACAAUAAAUCAGAAAAUGCCUCAUGUAUCUGGCAUCCAAGCUAUAACUAUGCGAUUUGCCUGCAGGAGAUGAACCAGAGACAAAUUACUAAGCUAAGUACAAAGUAGUCAAAUUCAUCAGCCAACAAAAAGAAGGGGUAUGCUACUAUAGCUCUUAAAGAAAAUAAUUUUCAGCUUUCAGGAUAAAGAUAAAUCCAGAAGUGCUCUAAGCUACCAAAGUUACCAUGAAAGGUAUGGGAACUGCUACAAAUAAUAUUUGUUUUUAAACCUGUUUUUAACAGUCUGCAUCAAUACAGUUCUGUUUCGGGGAUCACUUCUCAAUCACUCCAGUUUUCUCCUGACUCUCUAUUUUUGAUGGACUUUAUAGUUUAAUAAUUAGAAAAGGUCAUUUCAUCCUUUUAAUGGAAUUUUGGUUUCUGCUUUUUUGCUAUCUGCAAAAAAUUCUAAAAUCCAUAUGUUAGAAUACCGUUUUUUUUUUGUUGUUGUUGCCACUUAAUUCAAGAGUUAUUUUCCUUUUUAAAAUUAACAAAGCUGAGAUACAGUUUGGGUGAACUUGUAAAAAACAAUAAAAUGGUAAUAAGCUUUAAAAAAAGGCCAUUUCAUCUUAAAUUAGAGACCCGUCAUUUGUUUUGGGGAGAAACUGCACAUAUGUUUUAUCCUAUCAUACCUCAGAGAUACAGGAGCAUGUUAGUGAGGAUUUCAGAUAUUAAGCACAUAUAGGCACACACACACACACACAAAUGGACUUCUUUGCAGCUGUGUUUAGUGAAAUGAGCAGAAUCCUCAACUACAUGAGUGCUGGUUGUUACACUAAUAUAGAAAAUUCCCUUUUUUCCUCUUUUCUGUCACACACUCUUGUUUUCCAAGCUUUAUCAUGCCUAGUGGCUCCUUUCCUACUCCAACAGCCUCCAAGUGUGUUGAUUAUCACUUCUGGUCUAAAUCAGUGGCUUCAGCAAUCACCCUCUUACUACCUACACAGCAUCUCCUUUGGUAGCACCAUGGCCAGUGUUCCUUAACUGAGCUGCAUCAGGCACAAAGCCAUCCUCAUGUGUGCUUCUGUGGGGAAUAUGCUGUGUUCCUGCCCCAUGGGUCUGUCAAGCCAUGUGGACAGGCAGUGUUUGUAAAAUGCUGCAGAGGAGGCGCACUCUCCUCAAAGAUAUUACGGGGUAGACACUCUAAGUGAAAUCAAUUGAAAUAACCGCUCAAACAGUAGCUUGCUUUGUAUGAUUUAAAUGAAACAUUAAGAUGGUUCAGUUAUGCAGCUUGAAGACUACAAAUGAUUUUGAGGCUUUUCUCUAGUAAAAAGAGUUCUAUUUGGGAACAAAGUGAUUUCAUCUUUGCUCAGAUCAAAACUAUCUCAUGAAAUCUUUGUGGUUUAGAUAAAUGUGCCCUCAUUUACUCCUGAGGUUAUUUAUGACUGUACACUGGUUCCUGCUCUGUUCGCUGUUGGCUGGUAAUAAUUGGUUUAAAUGCUUUUAACUGGGCUGUUAACUCCUGUCAUCAGUAUACUCCAAAGAUCUUUUUGUUUUGGCUUUAGGAUCAUAUGUUCCGCUUUUGUAUCAUGAGCACUCUAUAUGGUAGUGUUUGUUUAAAGCUUUGUAUACAUUUUUGAUUCUGCUGGUCUCAGUUCUACUUAUCUCACUUUUGAGUGUAAUGUGCUGCCCUUUAGCUGCAGAGCUGGAUGAGCUAUUGCCCAUUCAAUGCUGUUGUCUGCCUGGCAGGGACUGAGUGACCUGAUGUUGGAUUUAAAUUCUUCCUGGGGAUUGUACGGCUAUGAAUGUAUUUGCUUCCAGAACCUCCCAAAGUGAAUCUAAUCUUAAAACUAUAAGUUGUAAGUAUUCUGAAUUUGGAAAAUAUUUAUUUUAAAUGAAAUCAGGUAGUGUUGCUUUUUACAGCUUAAUAAAUACAUGUAUCAAAAAAAACCACCUGUGAAAAAUGAUUUUUUUUUUAAACUAAAAUUUUCUCUGACAUCACUGGGUUAGGAACGCCACCAAACACAGGGACUAUGUCUAGGCAUUUCUAAUGUACACUAUGUGACAGGUACUAUAUAUGGUGUCGAGUGGGAGUUACCACAAUAAUUAAGAUCAAAAUCCUGUAAGCAGGUCAUCCUUGAAGUGAGAAGAUGGGCCGGCAUGUUUCUAAUCCCCUAGAAGUGAACAUUGUCCUUUUAUAGGUAGAAAGUACUCAGUAAAUAUUUGCUGCAUUGAAUCAUUCAACAUAUCUUUCACUGGGAGGCUUCUCAUUAAAGAUGAGAGGAUAUUUUCACAAAGCCUUGACAUUGAAUUGGGGAGCUGAACCCAGUGCUGCCACAGAACCCAGGGUCUGAGUAGGACCAGCUGGUAAUGGUGGCUCCCGUCUGGUUCAUGGGUGUGUGGAAUGGCAUUUGCUCCCAAUGCCAAACCCCCUAAGUCCACAGGUUUAGGGUAUGGUUUUCUAAACAGAGAAGGUACAUGAACACCAUUUAUACUAUGGCUGUGCAUUUUCAACUAUCAAAGCUGCCUGUCACAGUAAUGUGCUUUGCUAUAGCAGUGAAACAAUGUUUGUCUGCAUUACUGACAUUUUAGAACUGGAAGGGACAUCCAAAAUCUCUCAUCUAAACCCACCCUUCCAUAGGUGAAGCUAAGACUCAAAAACGGGCCAUGAUACAGAACUUUGUAACGUGUUCUUCCGCCAAGUCCUAUCACACUGUGCCCACUAUGGAUGGAAUAUCCAGCUACUUACAUAUUAGCCAAAUGCUCACCCCGUGGGGUUUUAAGAAGCAGAAAUGCCACAAUGCUAAGUCCUACAAACUGUGGUCAACUUAAGCUAUGCACAUAUAUACCUGCAGAGGAAGCCUGUCAUCAGUGCAGGGGAAAUGGAUGCAUAAUCCCAAAUAGUGAAAAAUUAAAUACUUGUUCUUGAUACAAUAUAAUCAUUUUUGUUUGUGUGUUUUUAAGGGGCUGGGGUCAUCUCCCUAAUUCCACUUGCUAGUCCUCAUCGUAAAAUGAGUAAAUGCAUAAAUCACCAAAUUCACAAAUCACAGGAAGCAGCCUAGAAUAUGUCAGGUGGCCCUAAAAAAAAAAAAAGGCUUUUUGGGAAAGGGGUACUCUAUAGUUACAUGUGGAAAGAACGUGAUUUACUAUAAGAUUGGGAAGGUAUGUGUGUUUGGGGAUGAGAAAUAUUAGAAAAUUAAGUCAGUUAUUAAAAAGGGGCAAAGAAUGGGUAUUUUACUUCCAUUCUAGCGCCUGAACUUAACUCCAGGCCCCCAUGUGCCCCAGGCUUGCCUCUCACUAGCUCUCCAAAUAGUCAAUGAAGAGUCUACUAGGAAGUAAGUCCGACAAGAAGUCAUAAUAGUGAAAUAUUAAGACCACUUCAUUCAUGUACAAGAAAUAAGGAAAAGCUGUAAACAGACACUGACACUAUAGUAUCAAAGUGGUAUAACACCAUUAAGAAAUACAGAAUUUGCACAGUCUGACAAGAGGUAUUUGACAGUUUUCUGUCAAAAGUACCUUUUAGGUACCUUUACAUUUGUUGUAUACCCAAUAUAAAUUUAAUAAGUUUACAACUGCUUAAGUGUAGUUUUUUCAACUGGCCGAGUAAAGAUAUUUAAUUUCUCAGUAGAGCAGACACAUAACCUGAGGUCAGUUCACCAAAACCUGCAGGAUGAGUACUUUUAAGUCAGUAUCAUUUAAGAGCUAUAUAAACUCUUAUUAGAAGGUUCUAAAAACAAUAUUAUCUUUUUGCCUUGAUAAAACUUCAUUAAAUGCCAUUACUUUGAAAUUGUGUAUAUUUUUGUAUAACUUUUAAAUUAUAUGUAGCUUUUGCCUAUGUUUGCUUCACAAAAGUUUUCUUAAGUUUUAAUACGUUAAGAUAUUUGUAGUAGGAUAUAUGAUCCAGUAUCUCAGUACAUCCUAAGUUCCACAAAAGGAGAGAUCUUUGUUUUAGUUUACUAACUUAGUUUCCAAACAUCUAAAGUUGUGUCUGGCUCAUGGCAGGUGCUCAUAUAUUAUCUGAUGACAAUAUAUUAUCUGAUGAGCUAAUAAAUGAAUGUAUCUUAACUAACUAACUAAAAGAAGGCACUCCAGUAAACACCCCUUACACUCUGGGAACACCAUCCAAGUUCAAAAAGUAGGUACCAGAGUUUUCAAAACAAUUCCUAGUUUUUUCCUGGGUAGUCCGAUAUGAACGGAGUGCUUUAUUCAAUUAAAACUUAAUAUUCCACCUCAGCGUACAUGCAACAAAUAGACUUCUAUCACUUAAUGUCAAAUAAACAGCAAACUCUAUUUACUGCCAUCUCAGAAAAUUCUCUGCAGAAAAAGGAGAAGUUUGUCCUGAGUGGUGCAUAAAAGUUCUAUGCUUAUAAAAUACAUUACAAACUCCUUACCAGAAAUACUAUAUAUGUACAUAGCUCAAGUUGACCACAAUUUGUAGGACUUAACAUUGUAGCAUUUAUGCUCCUCCUAAAACAUACGAACAUUCCUUAGCCAGAAUUUACUUGGUGGCUUCUUGUAAUGAUCAACUAUAUAAGCAUACAAACUUAUACUAGCUAGGCAGGGCAUUAUCUACUUCACUCCCUGGAGAAAUACAGCUCUUGAUAUUCAUUACAAGGAAUCUCUAUUUCCUGGAUGUAAAUAUGGCAGGGAGAUGAGAACAAUCAUAUUUGCUGAGGCCAGAAUUCAACCUUGUACCACUAUUCCCUGAUAAUAACUCUUCAAACAACAGUUGAGUCUAACUGCCAGAUGUACAUCUAACCUGGUGAUCCUGUCUUACCAUACUAUUUUUUUUUUCUUGCACACAAUGCCUUUUACUUUGAGAAGGUCACAGCUUUCUAGUUUAUAACAUCUUUGGAGAAAAAAAAAAAAGUCAACUUUCUGUAUGGGUGCAGUAACUUCUCAGAAAGUAAUAUCUUACCUCAUCAAGGAGAUAUGGAUUUCAAAUGCUGCUAUGGAGACAAUAGAGAGUCCCAUUUUACAUGUAUUUUAAAAUUAAAAACUUACAUUAUGGCAGUACUAAACUUCAUUUUAAAAUAAAUGCCAAAUGAUGUCUGCAUCUGGAAGCAGCUGUGGUCACCCAGACCAAAGGACUUUUGUUUGUCUGGCUUUUUACAGUACCCAUUAUGGCUUGCUCCAAUGUUUCCUCUCUGAUCUCUUCCACUGACCUAUCUUAAUCUGGGCGAGAAAGGGCAGUGCUUAGAAAAAUGUUAAUCUUACUUAAAAAUAAGGACAUAUUUUGUAUUUAAUCAUAAGGAGAGAUGAGAAAAACAUCAAGCCUACACAUAAUGCCAGUAACUUUAAAAAUCUUUACACCAAAUAUUAUUUAUAAGAGACUAACUUUAUAAUUCUAAUACUUUUUAAAAGUAAACAGUCUCUUGGCUAGGGCAGUAGAAUGAAACGAUGCCAAAGCAUUCUUAAGAGGGCAGAAAUACGCCAAAUAGUUCAAUAUCAGAAAUUAGAAACAGUGUUUUAAACUGUUGUCUCCUUUCUUCCUUCAUAAUUUCAGUUUAAAAAGUCGAGGCACACCCAGUCAGGUUCAUGUCAAUCUUCUCAUGUAAAAACUGAGAGGAGGCCUUAAUUUGUGUUCAGCACCAAGGAAAGUACCAGGUGCAUAUUAUCUUUAGCACAGUACAUAUACUCGAGCUUUAAUUUUAAAAGGGACUUCAAGAAAACUUCAUCCCCACCAGAAAAAUAGAGUAUUGACAUAAUAUGACUGUGGUGGUGAUCUUAGAAAAGUAAGAUGCAGCUGUAGACAGUAGUCUGUGCAAGUUCAUCCUGAAGAACUCUGUCAAACCCACUCCCUAACCCACUUUAUUGUGUGUCAGUGCUAAUGAAAGGAGGAGGUAAGUAACAAGACACACCUGACAACAACAUCAUCCACUCCAAAAAGAGUCUAGAAAAAGCACAAGAGAGACAGUGGAAUCGUUUGCAAUGUAUUUGUGACAGAAACACAUUUAUCAGUGAAAAACAUUCAAUUCUUAUGCAGGUACACAGGAUGAGUCUUCAAAUUAUUUGAUUCUCAUAAUCUCUGGUUAAUGAUUUGUCAGUUACUACGGUUUCUCCUCAGUUUUGAAAGUUUUAUGACCAUGACUAAAUACUAGCUAAUAACAAUAAAGACAAGCGAACACAUUUAAGAAGCAUGCAUUAAAUUUCUGAGUUUGUCUCCAUCUACAAUUAACUUCAACUUUUUGAAAAGUAACAGGAUUUUCCUUAAGACAGCCAUUAAUAGUCUGGCUCCCUUGAUAGAACUGUGAAGACAAUUUCAUUUACUAGUGACCACGAUGAAGGAAAAAUACAUUCAGCUUUGAAGAUUAAAGUUUAAACAGAAAACACUACUCAUCAAUUUGGAAAGUUUACUUCCUUCAAAUGAUAGUAGCCAGCAGCAUAAAGCCAUAACAGAAAAGUCAAUUCUCCCAAGAGAGAGAAUUUGUCUACAGCUUUCAAUGGCCUGUGUGGAAGAUACAACAAAAUCGAGAACACAACUUUUAUGCCCCGCCCAGAUACAGGAUGGCUGGUUACCAUCCAUAAAGAGUUGAUGUAAUCCUAUAUAUAAACUUAACUUUGCACUAUUUCGCAGUCAACACUGGAAAACUUCCAGCCAUAAUUAAAGCAGAGAGAACAAAUAAGAAUUUUCCAAAACAAAGCCAGCCAAUCCCUCCUCGAGCAGUUGUCUAAAUAACCGUGUGAUCUAUCCUAACACCUCGAAUAGCUGGGCACCGACUCUCAUGGCAUUUGCUAGAUGCUGAUAAACUUCUCACUCUCUCAAAGGACUCUCAUUCUAGUCCUGAUAUUUUCGGUGUAUCUGAAAACCCACUCUGUGGAGAGGGCCUUUCAAUUUUACCUUCAGUAAGAUGCAUGAAGCCCUUCAGAGUGACAGAUGUUUCUGAAUUAGGGAAAAAUCCACUUGCUAUCAACAGGGUGCAGCGAAUUUGCUGGCCUUUCUUUCAUUUUCCUAGAAACACAGAAUGUGAAGGAACAGAGCACAGGAGGAAAUCACAGGUGGAAAGGGAAACUGUCGCCAGAGAAGAUGAGAAAAAUUCAUGCUCUAUACUGCAUUCAUCUGUAAAAACAAAAUGUGGUUACAUUUAUUACCCUGAUCUUGUGAAAUGCAGCCUCAAAUAUUUAACAUUACUGUGUGUUCUCUAACAGAGCAAUACAAAGAGACAUCCCACCACAAAAAAUUCACCAUGGGAUUAGAGGGCCUUCAGCAUGUGCUAUCCUUUUUCCUGGCCUAUUUGAGACCUUUUAUAUCUCUUAAGCUGAUGGAUUAUUACUCUGCAGCCUACGGGCUUAAUUCUGUGAAUUCAUCCAGGCUGCAUAAAGCUUUUUGCUGUUAUGCAAGUCUGCAGACAGAGCAACGUGGCAAAUCUCAUGCAAAACAAGGGUGAGGCAAUGCUGAGCUGUAUGCCAGAGAGAGAGAGAGAGAGGGAUGUGGGGGAAAUGAUGAAUUUUCCUUUGAGGCCACUCAGUAGGAAUAAUAAAUGAAUGUGUUUCAGGUACAGGCUAGAGUGUACUGAGGUACACUUCCCUCAGCAGUGCCUCCUGCCCAGCUGCCUUGAAUGGGGCCCCUCGUGGGCAGUGAAUUGCUCAUCCAAAGGACACCAGACCACCACCGACUUCCUGUCUCAUUUCCAUACUGGGUUCAGCCCUCAGACCAGGUGCUCUUGACCAGGGGUGUUCUGUCCUCCCGCAACACCUGAAGAUGUUCCGGGUGGUCGUGACUGGGGUUUAAAGCAAGGGUGUGCUACCAGCAUCUAGUGAGUAGGGGCCAGAGAUGCUGCUGAACAUUCUGCCAUGCACAGGAGAGCCCCACAACAGGGAACUAUUCAGCCCCAAACACCAACAGACCAACAGACCCAGCUCUAGACUAUAAGCCUCUUGAGAACUGAGUUUUGUUUUUUUUUUUUUUCCCCAAACCCAAGUACUCAGUAGUGGGUAGUACAGAGUGGAUGCUUAGGAGAAUAUUUUAGAUUAAAAAGCACAAUGAAGCUUUUGCCCCUAUGUUUCAGUCACGUUGACAGGAAAAAUAUAUAAAGAUGGUGGUCUUUGGAGAGAGAGAGAGAAAUCCUGGAUUCAAAUCCUGUCACUGUCUCUUACUAACUGUGUGAUGAAGCCAUGUGUUUUGUUUUGUUGGUUUUUUUUUUUUUUUUGUCUUUUCUAGGGCCUCUAGAAAAUGGAGGUUCCCAGGCUAGGGCUCUAAUCGGAGCUGUAGCCACUGGCCUACGCCACAGCCCCAGCAACGCGGGAUCUGAGCCACAUCUGCAGCCUAUACCGCAGCUCACGGCAAUGCCAGAUCCUUAACCCACUAAGCAAGGCCAGGGAUGGAACCCACAACCUCAUGGUUCCUAGUCAAAUUAUUCAACCAGUGAGAGGAACUCCAAUUUUUUUUUUUUUUUUUGGAAGCCAUGUUAAUUAAGCUCUGAAUCCCAAGGUCCUCAACUACUCGAAGGAAGCUAAUAGUCCCCAGCAGACAGGAUUUGUUGAAAGGAUUAAAUUGUACAGCAUAUGUAGAAUGCUUAGCAUAGUAGAUCAAAAAUAAUAGACAAUUAAUAAAUGUUCCUACUAGUAUUACCAGCUUUGCCCAAAGGCCUCAAGGAGAAAAGACUGGGCCUCAUGUAGUCCCAGAGGGAAAAGUUACUUGUACAGGAAAUCCAGACUGAGCAAAUAUUGAGGCCAGGCUACAGAAAACACUGGUGCUCUGUCUCAUAGGAGCCUGCCGUCCUCCUGCUCCUGAGGCAGCACUGGGAGUUGGCCCCAGCCCCCCUCCCCCAGGUCCAGAGAUGCAACCUCCAGACGUGGCUGAGACUGGCCGGCUCCAUGAAAGGCCUAUUUCAGAGCAUACGCCCUAACUCCCAGAGCAGAUGCUGAAAGGGAACUGUGGCCAAGGCUGAGGACAAUCUGGGACAGACAAGGUGAGUCCACCCACUUCGGAAAUUAAUCCAACUUUUAUUUUGUCCAACUAGUGCUGUGCCCGCAUUACAGCUCGUUUUAGCUCUUUAAAUCUUCUAUGGGUUUAAUCUGGAGAUGUGUGUGUGCAUGUGUGUGAAAAAAAGAUUAAUUUUCUUCUACACAGAAAUGAAUGAAGUCAUCUGGAAAAGAAUGGAUGGCUCCUGGGCAGGAGGAGAAGGGGAUCCAGAGCCAUAAAGCCACUUCCUGGCAUUUCUUUAGAGUAAUUAAAUUACUCUCACAGUAUCAUUCCGAGAGCACAGAGAAAGCAGUCACACUGCUUGCACAGAUGGAAGGGACUAAUCCAUCUUAUUUUCUCAGGGAAGGUCAUAGGGAAUAAUGGUAUGACAGAAUGGAGCUCUGAUUUUCAAAUCCCAAACAAGGCCUCUUACCCAAAGGCUACACUGCCUUCGUCUUAAUAAACCAGAAUAACACACACUCAGUACCAAGUGCAAAUAGCUUCUCUGGGGUGCAGGUUUUGAAUGAAUCAGAGAUCAGCUUUCUGUGGGAGGCAUUCCAGGAGAGUGGACAAGAACACUCAGUCUUGAAACUGCCCAAGUGGAUUCAAAUAUUCAUUCCCUCAUUUACUAACUGCUUGAUUUUAGUCAAGGUUCAUAGUUCCAGAGAACUUGUUCCAUGUCUGUAAAACGGAAAAGAAAAAAAAAAAAACCUAACUCAGAAGGCGGCUCUGAGGAACAACUUACUACCUGCGGAGGGCCCAG